AUGCCUGUACCACCUCUAGCUCCAGGGUGUCAGCCGAAGACCUACACUGUUGCUUUGACUAGAGAAUUUAAGAAGAUGAAGCCACCAGUGUUUCAUGGUGGAAUUGAACCAUUGAAGGCCGAAGCUUGGGUUUUGGGAAUGGAAAAAUUGUUUGAAGUGUUUCCAUGUACCAAAGCCCAGAAGGUGCAACUAGCUACAUUCACAUUGGAAGAUGAUACAAGGCGUUCGUGGAUGUUGGUUCGAGAUGAUAAUAAGGAUGUUACUUGGACCCAUUUUCUAGAAAUCUUCUAUGAGAAAUACUUUCCACAAUGUGUGUGGGAUAGAAAAAUAGCUGAAUUUAUGGAACUGAAGCAGGGAAACAAAUCAAUUGCUGAGUAUGAAGCUCAAUUCAUAGAAUUUACCCGUUUUGCACCCCACAUGGUGGAUACGGACUACAAGAAGGCUAGACAGUUUGAGGGAGGUUUGCGUGACCCAAUUUUAGAUAAAAUCAAUGUGCUCAAAUUGCCGACAUAUGUGGAUAUACUUGAUAGGGCACUAAUGGCAGAAAGAAAUGUAGCCAACCGUAAACAAAAUUUCAAAUGGAAGGAUAGGAGACAUAAUUUUUAUAAGGGGACACCAACAACAAAUAAGAAGUUGAAGUUUGGAAAUUCCAGCAAUUUUGGGUCAACCCAAAGUGGCAACUCAGUACCUACUUGUACCAGUGACAAGGUGAUUGCAUAUGCCUCUCGACAAUUGAGGCCACACGAAAAGAACUACCCUACACAUGAUUUGGAACUUGCUGCAGUUAUUCACAAUCACCCGGGCAGAGCCAAUACUGUGGCAGAUGCACUCAGCAAAAAAAGUGUGGGAAAUCUUGCCUAUUUGUUCACAGAUCAAAGAGAGCUGCUACUGGAGUUCGAAAAACUCAAAAUUGAAGUGGUGCCUUUUGAACAAGAUAGCUUGAUAGCCGCAAUGUCUGCCCAGCCUGCCAUUAUUGAGGAAAUUAAGUAG